AUGUCAUCUACUAAAAAUAAAGAUGAAAAAUGCUCAAGCAAAAGUUGUGAAGACUACUACGAAAUGCAUAAAAUAGUAAAUAGCAUUUAAUCUAAAAAAAUGAUAAAAGUUAAUAUACCUAAAGAAAUUGAUACAAAUAUUCUAUAAGAAAUAAGAGAUAAAUCAUUUUUAUUAAAUACUCUUGUUGAAAGAAUAAUGAAAGGCUAUAUAUUUAACUAAACAAAUACUAAGAUUAUUUUUCAACUCAAAAAAUAUACUUUAGAGAAAACAUUUAAAUAGUUUGCAUAAAACUAUCUACCAUAAAUAGCUUAUGAUUUACAUGAAUUGUAGUGA